AAGUAUCACCUGUGGAGUGAGGGGUAUGCGGUAACAUAGCUACUCGCUGAAACUGCGUAAUUAGAACCAUGGUGUGUUAAAAGAAGCCAUAGAUGGUGAGAGCGAUUGCAAAAAUAAUGCAAACAUUUCCUCCUCCGGGGGACGUGGUGGUAUCAUAUUCAAUCACGUGUGACUGGCGCGCGACAAGGAAGUGUAUGUGGUUCCAGCUUCUUUAUUGCAGCAAAUAUAACAAAUGGUUUUUAUAUUUAAAAAUAUAUGGAACACUUGCUUUAUUUUCUCAGUUCACACCAGAGCAGUGCAGGAUUGUCAUCGCGAUGACCCAUACUUAUUCCCUCCUUUACCACACUCUUGUACAGCUUAAUACGAAUGUGAUUAUUAAUAAGAUUUGAAUCAAACUAUAGCUCCGAGCGGCGCGCGCAUCACUGCGGUUGCGCAACUCGCCGCAGACUGAUGGCGUCACAGAAACGGCGCACGUUUGCCACGUUGGUCGCCGUGCAGAAGCGACAGGUUUGUUUCGAGCGGUAGAAGUUUGUCUCUCUUUUUAAAAAAGAAAGAAAGAUAGUAUUUCUGCGAGGAAAAUUUAAUGCCAUCCAACCCCAUAUUGUUGUGCGUGUGCAAUCGCCAAAUCUUGGUACCGAAAUACUCCUGAUAACCGAGGAUUUAUAUAUUUAUAAUUUUGAUUUCUUCCACAAAACGAGAAAGCGAUGAUCUCUUAGGACACGACUACAGCUCGGUUGCACGUCUGACCGAUGCCUCCGGACCGACAGCAGCCGUCCUGCAUUUAUGUGUUGGCCUGUUCUCUGCUUGACUCUGAGGUCGCUGCGGGGAGCAGCCGGGCUCACCGGGGUCGCCGGACAUGCCCGGGGGUCGGAGGGGUCCGACUAGGCAGCAGCUGAGCCGCUUGACGGUGCCGUCGCUGCAGACGCUGGUCGGGUCCGGCUGCAGCAACGGGGCAGGGCUCCGGUGCAGGGGCAGUAACUCCGUGGGUCUCCCUCCGGCCCCCUUGACGGCCCUCAUUGCCCCGGAGCCCGUGCGCCACUCUCAUAUCCCCGACCUCCCACUGGAGAACCGCCUGGUGUUUGAGCUCCUGCUCUUUGUCUACCUGCUGCUGGCAUUGUUUGUACAGUACAUCAACAUCUACAGGACGGUCUGGUGGUAUCCCUACAGCAACCACGCUGCCUCUACCUCACUGAACUUCGAUCUGAUGGACUGCGACCUGGCUGUCUUCAUUAGCAUUAUGCUAGCCAGGAGGCUAGUAUGGACUGCCGUCUCCGAGGAGACUCCCUGGGCAAACUGCAGCUCCCAGCUCAAGUACGCACUUCUAGUGUCGUCACGUCUUGUCUUAUUGGCGGCAUGUUCCUGGGGACUCUGCCUGACGCUGGCCAGCCUCUUCAGGAAUCACUCAGUGCUCAGCUUGCUAUUCCUGGGCUACCCGUUGGCAGUGUACAUUCCGCUCUGCUGUUUCUACCGCGAAGGCCACGGGGGGUCCGUCGCCGCUAACCUCGGCUGCCUGGACCGGGAGGCGGACGGCUUGGUGAGGCGGCCCCUGGACUUUCUGAAGCUCCUACGGGAAAACCUGUGGGACCAGCUGUCAGGCCCCGCCCCCAUGCCCGCCCACACCUGCCCGCCGUCGCCCGAGCUCAUCCGCGGGGAGGUGGAGGCCCUCAAGGCUGACUUCAACCGUCGCAUCAAGGAGGUGCUCUUUAACUCGCUGUUCAGCGCCUACUAUGUGGCCUUCCUGCCGCUCUGCUUCGUUAAGAGCACGCAGUAUUACGACAUGCGCUGGUCCUGCGAGCACCUGGCCAUGGUGUGGCUCAAUGCCUUCGUGAUGCUCACCAGCCAGAUGCUGCCCCCUAGCUACUGUGACCUGCUCCACCGCUCGUCUGCCCACCUGGGCAGAUGGCAGAAGCUGGAGCACGGUUCCUAUGGCAACGCGCCCCAGCACCCGUGGUCGGAAGCCACUAUCUGGCCCCAGGGGGUCCUGGUGCGACAUAGCCGGUCCCUCUACAAGGCCAUGGGGCCCUACAAUGUUGCGCUUCCCUCGGACGUGUCUCACGCCCGGUUUUAUUUUUUGUUCCACAAGCCGCUGCGGGUGCUGAACUUGCUCAUCGGCAUCGUGUCCAGUGUGGUUCUCUACCAGUUCUACUCACUGCUGCGCUCCGAGUGCUGGAACCACACGCUGUCGCUGGGCCUCAUGCUGUCCUGCAACUACUACAUGCUUUUCAAACUGCUGCGUGAUCGCAUCGUGCUGGGAAAGGCCUACUGCUUCACCCCCAACGGCGCCGGCAUAGCCUGCAAGUCCCAGUGACCGCCAGGACCGUGAUGUGGCGCAAACUCGCUGUGAACUUGUACAUUUUGAUACUAUUCUAUUUUUCAGCUUUUUAUCUAUUUAAGAAAGAAUUAGUUCUAUAUUUUGUAUACUGUAAGGAAGUAUCCCUUUUAGCACAGUCCAUAUUGGCUGUGUGGCCCAGUCAUUCCGUGAUGGUACCUCCCUGGGGUUUAUCCUGACAGCCAUUGGGAGGGGAGCUGGUGACAGAGGGAGCCAAUCCUGGAAGAGACUGUGGCAAGUCGGAUUCAAUCUUUGCCGAAUCACAGCUGUGAGUUGCCUGGACACACCUGCGGACGCCGUGUUUGGGAGGAAACCGGACCAUGGGAUUCGCCCCCAGAGCCAAGCUGCUGUGACAGGGUUUCCUGUGGCACAGAGCCCAGGACUCUGAGUGCCAACCUGCAGAUGACAUGGCUGGGUGGUCAGGAGCUGCAGGGACGCCAUCCUGGGGCUUGUCCUUGUGUUUUACCUCGGGUGUUGUUAGGUGGGCAGGGGUCACCACUUGGUAUUUUGACUAUCUUUUUUUUUAUCAUGCCAAUGACCAUAAUAAAAACCAAAACUAUCUCUCUGUGUCAAUCCUAUAUACAUAUAUCACUGCCUCUAUCAUGCUCUUUUUGGUUACUGCAUGUUCAUGUAGGCGGCAGCUGCGUUUGCCACUGCUGAAACCACAAAGCCCCCCUGCUGGCCACAAAUAGUCAUUACACUAUUAAACUUAAACCAAAUAAGCGUUAUAUGAGAUGCUUAAGCAACAUGUUCUGACCAGCUAGCCAGCUGCGAUCUUCUGACUUCUCGCUAACCGUCUGUGUUUCCACAAGAAAAGAAACGCCCAAAAUGAUCUUUAAAAACUGGAAAAUCGGAAUAAAACAAGAAAGUGCCCAAAUAUAAAACCUUUUAAUUGUGCACCAGUAAUGCUGUAGCUUGCCAAAACCCCCCAUCAGACAGUUCAUCGGUUUCAUAUCUGUUAGUAAAACAAACAAAAUGACAAAGCGUAGAAUAGUGCAAUUUGUAAGAACAUGAUUACUAAGAACAGC